AUGGACUUGGUCACGGGUGCGUUGGGCUUGCUCCCCUCCAAGCUGCUGGAGCUACUCAAGGACGAGUACAAGCUCCAGAAGGGCGUCAGGGUGAAAGUCCAGUCCCUCUCCCUGGAGCUUGAGAGCAUGCACGCCGCACUCCGCAAGGUGGCUGCUGUGCCAUGGGACCAACUCGACGAGCAGGUCAAGGUCUGGGCACGAAAGGUCAGGGAGGCGUCCUACGACAUGGAAGAUAUACUCGACACCUUCAUCGUUCGUGUCGAUGGACAUGAGCAGGCUGAUCCGAGCAGGCUCAACCGCGCGAUGAAGAAGAUGGGAGACCUGUUCAGCAAGGGCAAGGCUUGCCGUGAGAUUUCUUGUGCCAUCGAAGACAUCAGGAAGCAACUUCAGGAGGUGACAGACCGGCGUGCCAGGUACAGUGUCGAUGAUCUUGUUGCCAAGCCUGCUGCCACAACAAGUAUUGACCCACGCCUCUCUGCUCUCUACACAAAAAUGUCACAGCUUGUUGGGAUCGAAGAGCCAAGGGAUAAGGUCAUAAAAAUGCUGACAUCAGUAGCGGAAGACAUGGAGACGAAGAUAGUCUCUAUUGUUGGGUUUGGUGAGUUAGGCAAGACUACCCUUGCUAAAGCUGUGUAUGAGAAUCUUAGUCAGGAUGUCCGUUUCAAGGCUUUUGUUCCUGUUGGCCGGAAUCCAGACUUGAAAACAGUCUUAAAGGACAUUAUUAUUGAUCUGGACAAGCAACGUUACACCACCGAAUUAAAUUUCACAAUAUUGAACGAAAGGCAGCGAAUCGAUGAACUUCGAGAGUUCCUCAAGGAUAAGAGGUAG